CGGUUCGUCCUUUCUUCCGUCGUCAACAAUUUCACCAACAUGAGUGAAGGUGCCACAAUUCGUACUAGGAAAUUUAUGACCAAUCGUCUGCUGUGCCGGAAGCAGAUGAUUGUAGAUGUUCUACAUCCCGGCAAGGCGACGGUUGCCAAAACUGAUGUCCGUGAAAAAUUGGCCAGAAUGUACAAGACCACACCAGAUGUAAUAUUCUGUUUUGGAUUCAGGACAAAGUUCGGAGGUGGCAAGACCACUGGAUUUGGACUGAUAUAUGACAGCUUAGACUUUGCCAAGAAAUUUGAACCCAAAUACAGACUUAUCCGACAUGGUGUAGUGGAAAAAGUUCAAAGAGCAGGUAGAAAACAGAGAAAAGAAAGAAAGAACAGACAGAAGAAGGUCAGAGGAACAAAGAAGGCCAAAGUUGGAACAGGCAAAAAGUGAUGGUGUAUACAGAGAUGGAUGUGGCUGCAGCUUAUGUUGCCUGUGUAUUUAUUUUGUAUUAAAUACAUGUCAAGACAU